GCAGCGACGGCUCCCUUUCCAGCGAAGGCAGCGACGGCGGAGCACGAGCAGGUGAGGGGCGGCGCCUUCGUCGGACGGCUAGCCGUGGCGGAGGAGAAGGCGGACGCCAUAGGCGGAGGAGAAGGCGGACGCCGUGGGCUUGCUGCACGGCUACAGCCGAGGCGGAGGAGAAGGCGGACGCCGUGGGCGUUCAUGGAGGAUGGUACGCCGGCCGCCGGCGCCGGCCGCCAGUCCUCUCUGGCCUCCUCCGUGGUAUCCUUCUCAACCUCCGCUGCUCCUGUCGUGAUUUGGAUGGAAAAUUGGAGGCCGGCCGUGUCCUUCUCCAACACAAAUUGAUGUAGUGCCCGACCCGGAUUUGAUUGGCUGCUAUAAGAAGCAAGGGUCCUCGGCCGGAAUCUCCAUCUGGUUUUGCCUUUCGACUAUAAUCUCCAUCAUCCCGUCGAAAUUGCAAUUUUUGACCAAACAUCCAAUGUCGCCGCCAAGUUCGCUGGAGGAAGAAGCGCCGAGUUCGCCGGAGGAACAAGCGCCGAGUUCGCCGGAGGAACAAGAACGCCCGCCGAGUCCUGUGGUGGCUACACGAGAGGCCCUUAAGAUGAGUAAUGAACAUCCGUUGAGCCGUCCAAUGUUGCCUGUGGCAACUACACCGGAGCCAUCGUCUCCUUUGACUUCACCGCCAUCGUCUCCAUCGACUUCGCCGCAAGACAAUCUGCCACCGCCUCCGCCGAUUUUGCCGGAAGACCAUCAGCCGUCGCCUAGACCUACUUUGAGAAAAUAGAUGACAGCACUGUAACUUAAUAUUACACAGAACAUUGAAGAGGACUUUGAUAACCGACCUUCAAAAAAAGAAAAAAAUACUGAAUCAAGUGUUCUGCAGCCAUCACCUAUGUCACCAACUAUGUCAACAUGUACUCCAGUUUCUGAGUGUUUUGAAUCGAUUGUGCCAAAAUCAGAUAAUCAGAUAGAUUGUGGUCCAUUGCCAUCACCUCCAUCCCCAUCUAGCUCGACAUUAUCAAGAACAUCGGUCGAGCCGUACAAUGGCGCCUGCAGCGGUUACACCAGAGGUAUUUAUCCCCUUGAUGAAAGCUAAUCACUGGAUGUAAUCCCCUGUUUUAGUUGUUGUUUCUGUCCUGGUUAUACAGGCAGUUUUCAACAGCAGCAGACUAGCAUGCCCAGUCUGAACUUUUAGAAUGUUUUCCCAGUUCAUGUUCAACUUUGAUCCUUUUUCCAGUUAAAGUUCCAAGCAACUUUCCUGUGUGAAUCUGAGAAUCUCACUGAAAUUUGUGUUUCAUUGUGUAUAUUCAGCCUAUCGAGUCGAGUUUCAGACUGAUCGUAAACAGACCUCGGUUUAAGCUGUGAUGCUAAUUUGAUUUGUGUGCUGCACCAUCAUCCAUAUCUUCAAUUUCAAGCAGUUCCAUGGCAAAUCAAAUACAUUUUUUUCUUUGUUUAUGACAACACAUAUUUGACAGGUUAAAGCAUGUACUAUUGUGCAUACUGAAGUGUAACAAGCCUUUCCCAGUAGCAAAACUGAAUAUGAUACCAUGUUCUGAAUUUAUGAUUUCGCAAGUAAGAUGACAUACAACUGAGUAUGUUGUUCUGAAUUUGA